CAUGCCCAUCUCCAUAAAAAAUAUGGCAGAUGGGGGAGAGUGCUUGGCUCCGGCGCAGGCGGUACUGUCCGCCUCAUCAAGGGUUCACAGAAAAACGGCGGGGCUAUUUUCGCUGUGAAACAGUUUCGUCCAAAGCGGAAAGAUGAAAGCGAGAAGGAAUAUCAGACAAAAGUCACCGCAGAAUUUUGCGUGGGGAGUGCACUCAACCAUACAAAUAUUAUUGAGGUUGUCGACAUUAUUACAGAGAACGGCCACUAUUACGAGAUCAUGGAAUACGCUCCAUAUGAUCUCUUCUCCGUUGUCAUGUCUGGCAAGAUGUCUCGUCCUGAGAUUUACUGUUAUUUCCAUCAGAUCUGCGAGGGUGUUGAAUAUCUUCACUCACUCGGUCUUGCACAUCGGGAUCUCAAACUCGACAAUUGUGUCAUAACCGCUGACAACAUCGUCAAACUCAUUGAUUUCGGCACUGCAACUGUUUUUCACUACCCGGGGACGAAAACGUAUAUCAAGGCAAAAGGCAUUGUUGGCUCAGAUCCGUAUUUGGCUCCCGAAAUCCUGACGGACGAAGAAUACGAUCCCAGAAAAAGUGAUGUAUGGAGUGUUGCAGUCAUCUUCCUCUGCCUGAUUCUCCGGAGGUUUCCGUGGAAGUGCCCGGACAUGAAGACUGAUGCUAGUUUCCGCGCUUUUGUCGAUGCUCAGAAUGACCUCAGCAUGCCGAAGUCCACCAAAUCGAAAGGAGUUAUAUCGAGCUCACAAUUAGAACUCGAACUCUCUACCACUGCGAAGGUUGACGUCGAAAUGGACCCUUCUGUGAUAAGGCUAGGUCGACCAGGAAACUCCACAGAAAGCUUACCUGAAUUCACCACUUUUUCUACCUCGAAGUCAAGUCCAACCACAACAAUAUCAGGAUAUGUUGCUGAAACCUUGAAAGAAUCAAUUGGAUUCCAAGAGGUAACUCUCCAGCGCAGUAAUAGUGUGGCUACCUUGCAUAGUGGGGAGGCAGGGUCAAUUUUCAGUCUUCUACCACGAGAGACAAGGCCUACAUUACGAAGGAUGCUUCAUGUGGAUCCUAGUGCCCGAUGUACCUUGACUAGUUUGCUAAAAGGUUGGGGAAAAGCCGUUUUGGGUUUCGAUCUGAACAGCAAUAUGUCGACUUUGACUGGUACCGUACAUGGAGGUGGCAGUAUCGAUGAACAUAGUGACAGUGCAAGCACUUUGACGUUCAACACGGUACCUUGUGUCAAUUACGACUGCAAAGCAGAGGAAGAGGAUGGCGGUGAUCCAUGGUUGACGAGUAUUGCUACAUGCUCAACACCAGGUGUGAAACCAACUCAUAUUCAUGUAAAGGUGACGAGAAAGCAGUGAAGAGAUGUUAGAGAG